AUGGAUGGAGCCGAAAUAAGCGAUGGAGGACUUGGAACAGAAUGCAAUUUAGGAAAAGUCGAAAUCCCUACGGGGGCAUCGUUCAAGAGCCGUAAGGCUAAUGAGCAUCACUGCAGUAUCACCUGCUCCAACUUUGAUUUCAUCCUAAAUGGCGUCAUACAACGUCUUCUAUUUGAAUACGAGUCAAGCAACUUCAAGGCUCUGCUUGAAGGUUACAAACGAGAAAUUAAGCGAAGAACGGAUCCCUUGUGCUUGCGAGAAGUGGAGUCGUACUUGGUCCCAUCGGCCGUGGAGUGGGCAGGAGAUAGAGUAGACUAUAUGCAGUUUUGUUCUUGUCUGAUCACACAGGGUCAGCAGGCACCGGGAACGAGCGAAAGCCGUCGAGCCGAUCCGAACCAAACAUUGGCCAGUAGAAAAUACUAUGAUGAACUGUGGGCCAAAGUCUGUGACAACUCUCAGGUACUCCCAGUUGCUGAGGGGAGCGAAGCCCUGUUGGCUGAGCUCACCAACAAGUCAUGGCUAUCUCCAAUAUCCGCGCGCGAUGUCGAGAAUGUCAGAAAAGAAACAGACCCUCCCGACUCUGCCUAUGUUUCUGCAUCUCGACAUGAUGGUUCUUGUGCGCCAGUUCCCGGUCCUGUUGACUUGAAUAACCCUGAGAACUGCGAUUCGCACACGACUUUUUCACCUGCCUCCAGCGUCUCCGAUGGUAGAAUAGAAAACUAUAUAUCGGUUCUCUGUGAGGAAAUAUAUCGUGCCCUGCAGCAGACAUUUGAUCACCCCAAAUGGGUCAAAGUAUCGGAGAAGCUUCCGGAGCUGUUGAAGGCGUUUGCUAUCAAACUUGGCAAUGCCGAAAGCUCCAAACAGCACUGGGAGAUAAUGUACUUUGUUUAUCAACGCCACAGUGAUAUAGCAAGCCACUUGCAGUCGCUCUUUGACUGUAAAACCGCGAUUCCGGAGAAGGGUGGUCCCAGAGCAAUGUCGUUGCAGGAUAAGAUGUUCUUGUGGGAGCAAAAGACCAUGGAGAACACUCCGAUCUUCAAUCCGGGCGAAUUAUUCCAAGGCAUCCCAGAAGAACCCAUUAUCCGCACAAGUAAUGUUGCAGCCUACAAAUCACUCAUCCUCGAGAACCCAGCAUAUGAGUGGCUUCUUUCCAGUUUGAAACAAAACUCAAUCCUAGAAAUGGAGACUUCGGUUCAAACUCGCAUUCAUGAAAAGGUACUCCGACAACUUCCUACUGGUAAUUUGAGCAGGCACUCAGCACCACGGAUCCAUCAAUGCAGGAUUGACUUCCAAUGGGAGCCAGCUGCUUACCGCGAUUACCCCCAAGGAGACUACAACGACCCCGUACGUGAUUUAGACGCAAAAAAGGUCCUUGUAGCGUCCUCUUCAUACGUUCAAGUGGUAACUGUGAAGCAAUAUUUUAAGCAAACCUGGUCGUUCAAUGGACCAAGUUUUCUGGAUGCCUUUCUCGUUAUUGCUAAUCUUGCCUCUGGCAAGAAAUACUCGGGCGAACUACCCGAUAAAACAAGACUGAGUGCCAAUGCUGUGAAUAAGCAAUUCCAGGUAACGGUAUCGGGUUCUGCAGCUUCCGUUGCAGAAUGUGCUGAACAGCUCGCCUGGCUGAUGGCUGCUCUGCAAUCAUCAUCUCGAAACUCCUUAGCCACUUGUCACCCAUCCAUCGAGAAUAACCCUGAACAAGUCCCAGCACAGCGUGUUGGGUCCACCGCGCACUUCAGUAUAUGCCACAAGGUCAUCCAAAAACCUGCACGAGCUCCGGUGUUGCGUGAAUGGCAGGAAUACCUUGGAAUGCCACCCCUUAUCGUAGGAUUUCCUGUCCUUGCGCGGCCCAAAGGCUGUGAUGGGCUUGAAAUGCAUUCUCUUUCCGACUUGCUUGACUUCUGCCACGCAUCAGAUGUGACACUCGUUGAGGGUGCUAUUUUCAUUGAAGGACGGAAGACCAUAUUGUUUCUGUCCCAGACAAUUGGGAACAUGCUGGUUUGGAUGAAUGCAGAUCGAGGUGAUAUCAACCCAUCUGGCUUUAGCCGUAUGACGGUGUCUGUGAAAGGAUAUCUGGAAGGAGCGCGUCACAUAUACGAUCCAAGACCGUCGAAAGAAUCGCUUCGUUCUUGUAGUGGUGUUCCCGAUUCCGAACCAAUCGCGUGUGACCAGGGCGGACAGCGCUUAAGCGUGAGCCGUAAUUCAUCCUCGGAGUAUCUCGACUCGGAUAUUUUAUCCUUGGACGAGUCAUCUGACGAUAUGCAGUCUCUGAGUUUGGGCGAGUCUGACUCUCACAUUGUAGACGGUUGCUUUGAACGGCUUUGGUCUGAGUUUCGAGGUGCAACCUCUGGCUACAAACAAGAAAGUGGUACUGGAGAUAAUUCGGCCUUGAAACCAAAAGCCAAUGAUAGCACUGGAUUCAACGCCAAUCAAGCCAGAAGACGCAAGAGAGCUCUGCCUCCUGAUGGCGGCGAAGAUGGAGAGCCCAGCCCAUCUAAGCCACCAUGCAAAAGACUAAACUCCGAGGCCGAAGGAAAGCAAUGGGCCUGUCCGUUUUGGAAAAAGAAUGCCGACCAUCACCGUGCCUGCUUUCGGUACAAACUCAUGAGAGUGCAGGACGUAAAGCAGCAUCUGGCUAGGAAGCAUACUCCGAAAUUCUAUUGCGAAUGUUGCCUUAAAAUUUUUGCCGACGCCGAACAACAUGAUGAGCAUGUCACCCACAAAAAUGGGGACUAUUGCCAGCGAGAUCCAACAGCUGAACUGAAAGGGAUCUCGCAUCAGCAAAGUCGAGAGCUUUCUACAAAAUCAAAGAAGGCUCUGUCCGAAUAUGAGAGAUGGUAUCACAUUUGGGAGAUUCUUUUCCAAGGAAGUCAGGCUCCAAGAUCACCGUAUAUGGAUUCCGAGCUUUCAGAGGAUAUGUGUGCCUUCCAGGAGUUCUUUGAUCGUCGAGGCCAAAGCAUUCUAGCUGAGGAGCUUGAAAGCGACCCAGCCUUGGCCAGUUCGUCAAACGCUCAGAGAUACCAUAUCCAAAACCUUUUUGUACGCGGACUCAACAGAGUGUUUGAUUCUUGGAGGAACACUCGAGGCCCUGUUUUGGGAAGUGAUGCAGUUCCAAUUCCUUCCGCGGAUAGCGGUCUUGGUAUUGGAGGCCGUAGCUCUCUGGGAACUUCUCAUGUCCUGGUUGGCGGACCCAGCAUGGUGUCAUCCGACUACAUUUCUAUCCCUACGGGAAUGCCACAGGGCUCCCCAUACAGCAGAAUGCCACAGGGAUCCCCGUAUAAUGGGCUGCCACGAGGUUCUCCGUAUGGUGGAGCAACACAGAGCUCUCCGUAUGGUAAUCAUUCCGAGAACCCGCCUUCUUCAGCAUUUGCGUUUUCGUUUUUCGAGACAGAGGCGAGUUUCCCUGGUGAUCAAGACUUUUCAUUCGCUCCCAGCGAUUUACUCCAGGAUCCAUCUGAAGAAUAUUUCAACACCGAGCUGUAG